AUGAGACAAUUAACGCUGCUCUCGUCUUUGCUGCUGCUUUCCCCUGUCUGGGCUGCCACUUGCUAUUGGCCGAGCGGGAAAGUCGCGGGCGAUAAUUGGCUGCAAUGUCCAGGUAGCAAACACUGUUGUGCAGAGACCGAAGCUUGUCUUUCCAAUGGUCUUUGUGUUGCUGGGAAGUAUAUGACCGUCUAUCGCGGAGCGUGUACGGAUGAUUCGUGGCCUAUUUCUGAAUGCCCUCGCGUUUGCUAUGAAGAGGUCGCCGAUGGAUGGGCCAAUCUUUAUCCUUGUCCCAGCAACAAUAAUGAAGUGUUCACCUGUGGAACUGCUGGCUGGGCCGAUCACGUCUGUGAACAACAACUGGGCAAUUAUACGUGGGUGAGCAGUAAUGUCACGGUAGCCCAGUUGGGAGUCUCUAGUUCGUCGACGGCUUCUUCUUCCACCGCUACCGCCUCAGCAUCUUCUUCGACAACUUCCUCUGGAUCAGCAGACCCUACGAAUCCUACCGCCAGUUGCUCGACACCCUCCGCGGGAAACAACGCCACCAUGAAGACGGGACUCGGGCUUGGAGUCGGACUUGGUGUACCCUUGCUCCUGGCAUUGGCCGGUCUGCUCUGGUUUUAUGUACACACCCGACGUCAGAUUCAGUCUUUGCAGCAGAAAUUGAAUGAGCAAGCUGCUCUACAUCCGGGUCUACGAGGGAAUUACGCACCUCCUCCCCAGGAGCUGGACACUGGAAAGGAAAAUUGGCCGGAAAUUCAGUCGAACGACCGCUCAGAAUUGGGUUAG